AUGCUGUCUUCUGAAUCACCUAUAGUCAAUGAACCAGCUGAAUUGACUCCAACCAUUGACUCUGUCACUGCCAAACUUGAAGAAGAAAAGCAAGAUACCAAUGUGAAACCAGAUCCAAUUAUCCCACCAAGACCUAAACGAUCAACCGAUACUCCUGUCGAUCCAACUCCUGUUGUGGACACAAUUGAUCCAGAAUCAACUCAAGAACCUCAAUCAGAAAGAUCUACUGUUCCGAUUGUAUCUACACAAGAUUCAAAUCCAAAAGAAGAAGAAUCUGGAUCUGAAUCUGAAUCAACAAAACCGUCAACUCCAAUUAUCCCACAAAGACCAACCUCAAAAUCGUCUAGUUCAACUUCAAUCCCCGUCAUUCCAAAACGUCCAACUAGACCAACCUCUGUUGAACCUGGAUCAAAUGACAGGGGAUCACCAGUCCCAGUUGUACCAAAGCGUCCAAUUAGACCAGGAUCGAAGACAGCCACACCGGAAAUUGAAGACUCAAAAGAUGAAGUUGAAGAACCACAAGAAGCUCCAUUUACUCCAGAAAAUCCACCCACUGAUGUUGACAAAAAAUCCAUCCCCAAGAUUGACCUGGAACAAUUUUCAAUCGCCAUCGAUGCCGCUGCUCAAUCUGACCAACCUAAUUUUGGUGAUGGUGAAACCACUCCAGGGAAUUCCAAUACUAAGAUCACCUUCAAGGAUGAAGUAGAUGAUGAAGCACAAUUGGCUUCUGAUAGUUCUGUUUUUGAUGAUGAUUUGGAAACUGUUCAAGAAAAAGAUGAUUCGGUUUUAGCUGGAAGAACUCAUACCAAUACGGAAUCUAGUAGGUUUGAUACUGAGAAUAUUUUGGAAGAAGAAGCAGAAGAAGAAGAGCAAAUUGAGCAUGAAGGUGAUGAUCAUAAUGGAUUUGAAGUUAUUGAUAAGAAAGAAGUAGAGAAGGAGAAAGAGAAAGACGAUGAAGCCGUGGUUGUUGGAGAGGAAGAAGAAGUCAAAGAAGCUGAGCCUGUCGCAGAAGAGCAAGUUUUGGUUGAAUCUGUGGAAAGUAAGCCUGAAGUUGGAGAAGAAGAAGUAGUAGCUGCAGAAGGAGCCGUUGUUGAAAAAGAUGUUGUUGCACCUGCUAUUGUAGAAACUGAGAAGAAAGAAGAGACUAAAGAAGAGGCGAAAGAAGAGAAGAAAGGAUCGACUCCAAUCCCAGUCAUUCCCCAACGCCCCAGAAAAGCUGAAUCCCCAACCAAGAAAUCUCCAGAAGCUACUAAACCAGAACCUCCCCAAAAACCAAUCAUUCCUCGUCGUCCAACCAAGACCUUUUCUCAACCAGGAUCCGAUUCCGAAUCUACAAAACCAAAACCACCACCACCAAAACCCAAGAAGCUUUCUUCUAGAAUUGCCGCAUUCCAGCAACAACUCUUUGACCAAUCUAAUCAAGAUGAUUUCAAGAGAAGUAAUUCACCACCUAAAUACUCGCCUGAAAAAUCAAAAAUUGCGUCAUUAAAGGGAGUAGUAGGGAAGGGAAUCCCGUUACCUGGUAUGUUUAAUCCAUUAUUAGCCCAAAAGCAUCUCCAUCAUAAGGAAGAUACUUCCGAAAAAGAAGAAAUUGAUGAAACUGAGAAAGAACAAUCUAAUGCUCCAGCCAGAAGAGCAAAAGGUCCUCGUGGGAAGAAAUUACCAAAAUCAUUACAAGAACCAGUCAAUAUCGUUUCUGAAAGUAAAUUCAAAUUAGAAACUGGAAGUUUAUGGUCAUUGAGGUUUAAGAAAUCACAAGCGCCACCUCCGGAACCAGAACCAGUAGUCGAAUGGCCAGUGAUUCGGGGGCCGGUUAAUGAAUUAGGCGAGCCUAUGGAUGAUGAACAACUGAUUCUUGCUGAGAGUACUGAGAGGUUAAAUAUUAUUGAAGAUGAGUCUGAUGUGAAUGAGGAAAGUAGUGCUGCAGUUGAGCAGAAGAAGGAAGACGAUGAGGAAGUGAAAGAUCUUGUUAAAGAAGAUGUAGUUGAGGAAGAAAAGCCUAAGGAAUCAGAAGAGGUUAUUGGAUCAACCAAACCAGAUGAACUUAUUCAAGAAGAUAAAGAAGAUCAAGCAGCUGGUGGUGAUGAACAAGCUGAUGAAGACAAGGAAGCCGAUGUUAAGGCUGAGGAACCUUCCGAAGAACUGCAUGAGGCUGUACCAGAGGAAAAAGAACAAAACGAUGUUCUCGACGCAAGUAAAGUAGAAGUUCCUGAGGAAUCAAAAGAAGUCGAAGUUGAACAAGAAGUUGCAGUGGAACCAAAAGAGGUUGUGAUUGAGCAAGAAACCUCUCAAGGUGAGGUCAGUAAGUGA